AUGGCGGGCUGCGGGCAGGCCCUGUCCGCCUGCCUCUUCGAGUACGACACCCCCCGCAUCGUGCUCAUCCGGAGCCGCAAAGUGGGGCUCAUGAACCGCGCCGUGCAGCUGCUCAUCCUCGCCUAUGUCAUCGGAUGGGUGUUCCUGUGGGAAAAAGGCUACCAGGAAACCGAUUCAGUGGUCAGUUCUGUAACUACGAAGGUGAAAGGUGUAACCAAGACGAACACUUCCAAUUUGGGGGUCAGGAUUUGGGAUGUGGCAGACUACGUGGUGCCAGCUCAGCAAGACAAUGCACCGUUCAUCAUGACCAACAUGAUCAUUACCUUGAAUCAAAAGCAGGGAAACUGUCCUGAGCUUCCGGAUACGAACACUGUGUGUGAGUCCUCUGCAGACUGUGUUGCUGACUCUGUGAGCACUCACAGCAAUGGAAUCGCAACUGGGAACUGUGUCCCAUACAAUGAUACUGUGAAAACCUGUGAAGUAACUGCUUGGUGUCCAGUGGAGAAUGAUACUCAUGCACCCUCACCUGCCUUUCUAAAGGCCUCUGAGAACUUCACCCUUUUGGUAAAGAACAACAUCUGGUAUCCCAAAUUUAACUUCACCAGGAGGAAUAUCCUUCCCAUUGUCAACAGCAGCUACCUCAAGUCAUGCAUCUAUAACAGUGAAACUGAUCCCUUCUGCCCCAUUUUCCGCCUUGGCUCAAUAGUUAAAAGUGCAGGACAUAGUUUCCAGGAGAUGGCGGUGGAAGGUGGCAUCAUGGGCAUCCAGAUAAACUGGAACUGCAAUUUGGACCGCUCUGCCUCCCACUGCGUGCCCAAGUACUCCUUCCGCCGCCUCGACACUCGGGACUCAGACCACAACGUCUCUCCUGGCUACAACUUCAGGUUUGCCAAAUACUACAAGGACAAGAAUGACACGGACAUGCGGACGCUCAUCAAAGCCUUUGGCAUCCGCUUUGACAUCAUUGUGUUUGGAAAGGCCGGAAAAUUUGACAUCAUCCCCACCAUGAUCAACAUUGGCUCUGGCUUGGCCCUGUUCGGUGUGGCUACAGUCCUAUGUGACGUCAUUGUCCUGUACUGCAUGAAGAAGAAAUUCUACUACCGAGAGAAAAAAUACAAAUACGUGGAGGACUAUGAACUGGGACCCAAUGACACAUAUGGAACUGAGCAAUGAAGCCAGCCCCCUGCUCCUGGAGCCCCCCGACCCCAUCACUCCAAGCACAGCGUGUCUGCUCUAGAUCAGAUGAGGAAGAAGUAGCUGGGCCCUACUGGAGCAGAUGAAGUGGCCGCUCCAAAGAGGACAGAAGCCGGGCACUACAUACUUCAGAGCCUUUACGGUGGCACCUUCCAUCCUCUGAGACCCUUUAGCCCUGCAGGCUGGGCCUACUUUGUUUACCAGAAAGUAAGGUGAAGGGUUAAGGCUUAUUUAAUGAUCACACAAUUUGAGUUCUAGCAUUACUACACUCUUGAAAGGGGCGGGGUGGGGUCAGCAGGCUGGCCUAGGUUCCACCCCUGGUCCAGAAAGUUCAGUCUGGGCAUUGGACUGCUUUCCUCCCCAGAUAGGCUGUGGGUUCUACUAAUCCGGGCUAAGAGAUACCAGGUCCUUGCCUUAGUCUGCCCAUACAAAUAUUUUAAAGCACUUUAGGAAAAAGGGGAGGGAGGGCUUGGGUAGAAUCCCUGCCAGCAGCAGACUGGAAAACUGAAUUACUCCCCUUCUCUCCCAGACCUGACAGCUCUGUCCAAUCUUGCACUUCUAAUUUUCCUUUUAAGAUCUUGAUAAAGUUGGGAACCAUAAAUUAAAGCAAGUAUGAUUUCACCAUGUCCUGUGCUAGGCAAUUUUCAGCAACGACCUCUAUGCUUCACACUAAAGGUGUGAAGCAGCUGUUGUAUCCGUACCCUGGAAAGAUUGGUUUAAGUGAUUUAGAAAGGUAGCUGCAUUUAUAGCACACCCUUAGGAAGUACAGAAUAAUGAAGUGACACCAUUGCCCUUCUGCCAGGAGUGUACAUUCGGGGACGGAGGAAAAUGAGAUUCUUACCGUAUUUCACCCCCACAAGGAUUGAGGCAUCACCAAAGAAAUUUUCACGGCCUACAUGCUAGACAUAAUAUGCUCUACCAGGAAGCUUAUGCAGCUUCAUGAUGGCAAAAAAUUCAAGAAGGUGUGGAUAAAAGGAUUUUCAUGACAGUAGAGGGUAAUGAUAGGGAUGUUAUACAAAGGAUUGUGCUUUAAUCAUAGAGACACAGAGUUGGGACAGCUCGUACCUUCAAAGCCUGAAGCCAAUUGUCUCCUUGUUCCUCCUAAUACCCUUUGUUGUCACUGAGAGAGAUGUGGGUGGACUGAUGCACAGCUUUGCUAGAAUGUUAUGGAAUGUAUGUUUGACAAUGUGAGCGUGUUUGGAAGCAGCAUUAUGUAGGGACCAAACCAAGAGUUGGCUGUGGACAGGGGCUAUACUACAAUAAGAGACUCUUAUAAACGAAACAACAACUCUGG